GCCACCCGAGAUUAACAAAAAAAAAAAAAAUAGUAUUAAUUUAAUCUUUUAAGUCCAAUACUUUUUUCUAUUAUAACUAUAUAUAUGACUAUGUGCAACUUUUAUAUAUUAGUUAAGAAAAAUUACCAAAAAAUUGUUAAUAGUAAUAAAUUUUCUUGGUAUUGCAAUGUUUAUCUACAAAAAUUACUAUUCGUUGUACUCAAAUCAAGAAAAGGAAAACCCCAAAAAAAAAAAGAAAAAGAAAAAGCCUUUCCAUCUUAGACAUUAAAAAAAUAAACACAAAAUUUAAUUAUAAAAAUGAAAUAUUAAAGCCUAGUAUUAGAAACAACAAACUUAAAGUGGCAACAAAACAAUCUCAAAAAAUUAAACCCUAUACACACACGUAUCUCAUUUCCCUUUAUAUUCACUCUUAAAAGCCUCCACUACCCAACAAUUCACUCACUCACUCACUCUCUCUUUCAAUCUCUCUCUCCCCCAUAUUUUCCCAAGAAAAAACUUUCUAGGCAACCAAACAGAAAAUAUUUAAUGGGGCGACGAAAGAUAGAGAUGGAAAUGGUGAAAGACAGCAGUUGUCGUCAAGUCACCUUCUCCAAGCGUCGCACAGGCCUUUUCAAGAAGGCCAACGAGCUGGCCACGCUGUGCGGCGCUGAGGUCGGCAUCCUCGUCUUCUCUCCCGGCGGAAAACCCUUCUCCUUCGGAAACCCUAACGUGAGAUACAUCACAGACCGGUUUCUAAGGCCUCACCUUUACAAACAGACGGCGAAUUUCAGAUCCAACAAGCACUGCCGCGAUGACUCGUCGUUCUCGGGCGUUGGAGCGGCGGAGAGGAUGAACCAGCUGCACGACAGCCGAGUGAAGCAGCUCGGCGACGAGAAGCUCCGGGGAGAAGCCAUUGAUGAGGAAAUAGCGAAAGGUAACAAAGGGAUUGGGAUCGAUGAGAUGGGUUUUGAAGAGCUUGAAAAGUUGAAAGAGGGUUUGGAAGAGCUUGGUGAGAAGGUGAAAGAGAGAGUUGUGGAGAUGGAAGCUUCAUCGACAUUGUUGAUGUUGUCCAAUAAUAAUAAGUCUUUGAUGACUGGUUGUGUUAAGAAGAGAAGUGCUAGGGUUAGGGCUGUUGCUAAAAAGAGUUAUUAA